AUGGGCUAUGGGGGACUUGAACUCGUGUCCGAUCUGCAGAGGUGGCCAAAAGGCUAUGAUGGACUUGAAGUCCGCGUUGAACAGGGAAAGGAAGUUCCAAUAACCCGUGGCGGAUUAUGUCCUGUGUCCGUCCCAGAGAUGCCGUGGCCUAGCAUCCCUGAUGAUGGUCUAGUAAAGGCCGAUGGUCCAAAAGAUGCCAAAAGGAUAUGCGGGAUGAGACCCAUCGUGUUCUGGCCGUUGCUAGUAGUCGCGAUCUUGAUCGUGGUGAUCGCUGCUGUGGGUGGUGGAAUUGGAGGAUCCUACUUGGCCAACAGAGGCAAGAGCUCUGACCCAACAACAUCCGAGUCGACGACAGAUUCGUCAAUGCCUGUCACAUCCAGCAUAUCUGACGCGGAGACUUCUACCGCAACUACGGCCUCCAAAACAUCGUCAGCGGCCGUUACAUCAGGCACAUCAGGCAUUGCUUCCAACCCAUGCCCUGCUCAAAAUCUCACCACGAUCACUGGCUCCGAUGAAUCCAUCUUUACACUACUAUGCGCCGUUGACUGGCCGAGUGGUAUAAAAACAGCAUAUGGCAAUGGAAGGGUCGGAGACUUGACGAGAUUCACUGAAUAUACCCUAAAGUCUUGCGUUUCACAAUGUGUGAAAUGGAAUACGGAGAACGGCGAGAAGUGCAAGGGGGUCACCUACUCUGCAAAUUUGACAGCUUCAUAUGAUGGUGGGCAGGAGGGCAAUUGCUUUUUGAAGAAUAGUGUUGGUAGUUAUUUUCCUAAUUCGGGUACAUCCAUGGCUGCUGGGAUAUUAGGAGGUUGA